ACCAAUUUCUCUGUCACACUUCAUGAACACGCGCCUCUCUCUUAUCCUUCUUCCUUGAGCAUCAGUCCAAAAAAGUUGAAAUCGCGUUAAAAUUAAAAAUAUCUUCCAAACCUCAGCCAGUCUUCCCACACAUCUUCGAAUUCGAAAGCACACUCGCCAUGGACGUAGCUUAUCUGCAACCCAGCAAAUGCAUUUCAUCUCCAAUUCGUCCUUCCACGCCUCCCCCUCUCUCCGUCCUCGCUAGGGUUUCGAUUUCACUUCGCAGAAUCCCUAGAAAUUCCAAUUCCUUUCGUCGUACACACAUGUGCUCGGCUUCAAGUUCUGAAACCCUAGUUGCCGGAACGCGCAAAGACGAUGGGAAGUCACUCGAGGUCGUGAGCAAGAAGGAAAAAGAUGAGUUUGAAGACUUGAAAACUUGGAUGCAUAAGAAUGGACUGCCUCCUUGCAAGGUUCUUCUCAAGGAAAAGCCUUCUCACGAUGCGAAUUAUCGGCCCAUUCAAUACGUUGCUGCGAGUGAGGAUCUUCAGGCAGGGGAUAUUGCGUUUUAUGUUCCGAAUUCGUUGGUAGUAACGCUUGAGAGGGUUUUGGGUAACGAGAGCAUUGCGGAACUCUUAACUACAAACAAAUUGUCAGAAUUAGCGUGCUUGGCUCUCUAUCUAAUGUAUGAAAAGAAGCAAGGAAAGAAGUCUUUCUGGUAUCCAUACAUCAGGGAGCUUGAUCGUCAAAGAGGAAGGGGCCAGCUAGCAGUGGAGUCACCCCUUCUAUGGACAGAAGCUGAACUUGCUUACCUGACAGGCAGCCCCACUAUGGUUGAAGUUCUGGAGAGGGCUGAAGGGAUCAAGAGAGAGUAUAAUGAGCUUGACACUGUUUGGUUUAUGGCUGGGUCUCUGUUUCAGCAAUACCCAUAUGAUAUACCGACAGAGGCCUUUCCUUUUGAGAUUUUUAAGCAAGCUUUUGUUGCAGUUCAAUCUUGUGUUGUCCAUUUGCAGAAAGUCAGUUUGGCUCGUAGAUUUGCGUUAGUUCCUCUUGGACCCCCAUUGCUAGCUUAUAGAAGCAAUUGCAAGGCAAUGUUAACUGCUGCCAAUGGUGCUGUUGAACUGGUUGUUGAUCGGCCAUACAAGGCUGGGGACUCUAUUGUUGUCUGGUGUGGGCCACAACCCAAUUCAAAAUUGCUUCUGAACUAUGGUUUUGUUGAUGAAGAUAAUACUUAUGACCGCAUGGUGGUGGAGGCAGCUUUGAAUACUGAGGAUCCUCAGUAUCAGGACAAGAGAAUGGUUGCUCAAAGAAAUGGAAAGUUAUCAGUACAAGUUUUUCAUGUCUAUGUGGGAAAGGAGAAAGAAGCUGUCUGGGAUAUGCUUCCUUAUCUACGAUUGGGAUAUGUUUCAGAUCCUUCAGAGAUGCAAUCAGUCAUAUCUUCUCAAGGUCCAAUAUGUCCGGUGAGCCCUUGUAUGGAACGAGCAGUUUUAGAUCAACUUGCUGAUUAUUUCAAAAGAAGGCUAGCUGGUUACCCUACUACUCUGAGUGAAGAUGACUCUUUGUUGGCAGAUUUUAAUUUGGACCCGAAGAAACGAGUUGCUACUCAGCUUGUCAGAUUGGAAAAGAAAAUGCUAAGUGCAUGCUUGCAGGCAACUGUUGUUUUGAUAAAUCAGUUACCAGAUACCACUGUAUCUCCAUGCCCAGCUCCUUAUGCCCCUAAAUUGAGAUGAAAGAAACAGCCAAUCUCUUUGAAGAUCUAUCAAACACUUUGAACUUCUUUGCAAUACAUGGUUAUAUCAGUUCAAAUGGGAGAACAAUAGAAGAGAAUCACAGUACAGAAAUCUUUGAGAUGUUCAUAGGCAUCACAAACAAACUACUGUUGAACCAGAUAUACCUGUUUAAUGUAAAUUGCUUGAGAGAUUGAUGGUGUUGGACAUCCAUGGUGCAAACCGUGCUUUUCUAUCUUGGGUUGCAGAUCGUUGAGUAAUCAACAAGAGUUAUCACCGACCACUUUCUCCUGAAUUAUCAUUCAACUUCAUUUGUGUGUUGAUCAAGCUGCUUUGUGCUGUAUAUUGAAAUUUAGAGCUCGUUUGGGGUGUACCAAAAUAGUACACUUUUUAUCUUUAUCUUUUUUGGGUCACAUACCUCUCUAUUUUUUUGCACAUUUUUUUUGUAAAAAGUCAAAAAGUGUAUUUAUUUAGAUCAUCCCAAACAACCCAUUAUUUGCGUUUAUGAAGACAUAUGGGUCUGGUAGCAUGGUUACUAGAUUUUCUCC